AUGAUCCACGAGUCAUUGCAUGGAUCAUGCGCCUGUGGUCGCAACCACUACAGCAUCCAAAUCCCCAGUGAUGUGGCUGAUCAUGCCGUGGUCUACUUUGACAGUAGUCAAGACAAUCGUCAAAUCCACGGUGCUCCCUUAACAGCUUGGUUGCGAGUUCCCUUGGGCUGGUAUCAAUCUUAUACGGAAUCUUUUUUUCCUGACGAGACUCACACCUCCAUCCGACGCACAUUCACACCACGCCAUGCGCCGGAAACACAGCGUAUCUUCUGUGGAUAUUGCGGAACACAUCUAACCUGUUGGACGGAGAACCCUCGCGAGGAAUCCGAGUUUAUGUCCAUUGCUAUUGGUAGCUUGCUCGGGGAAGACCUGCAUGCUUUAGAAGAACUCAAUCUCCUCCCAGGAGAUCUGGAGGAGACUCCUCAGGUCGACGUAAAGACUUCCGCGGUCAUUGCUCCAUCGAAUAGUUCGGCAUCGACAGUUAUUGUCCCCUCCUUCGAUAACCAGAACCCUUUAUCUCGAAGCUUUCGAUACGGCAAAAGUCAUGGAAUCCCGUGGUUCGAAGAAAUGGUUGAAGGAAGCCGUCUGGGUCGUCAUAUGCGCGCUAAACGUGGGAAGGGCUUAAGCGACGAUAACACAACGACAAUAGAAUGGGAAAUCAGUGAAUGGCAAAGUGAUGAUAUUGGUGAAAUCGCACAGGAUGACUCCGACUCCAAUGGACGUUCUACCGGGAAGAGAAAGCGGGGAAGUGAGACUUCUCUGAAGGCUUGA